AUUCGUUGCUCUCUCUUUUCUUUUUCUUACAGGUCUAAUCGUAAAAUAAUCUUAUCUCAGGGAUUUGUGGUGUGAUUUUUAUUUUUAUUUUUACACUUCAUGUUCAUGACUUAAAUACUGCAUGAAAUGCUUAUUGAUCCACAUUUUUCUUUGCUUUCUACAAUCAAUUAACAUGCUCAAUGGGAUUUCCUGACCAUACUUUAUAUUUUUAGUCAAAUUAUUUUCGUCAAGUUAUCAAUUGUUAUAGUGCAAAAAAUGUUUACUACAUCUUCAACUAAUUCUGAUACAACAACACCACCCUCUUCGGUGAAAUUAUUAUCUAUUGACGAACAUGCUCAAACAAUACAAUUUAAUACUAGUCAAGAUACUAAUAAUCUUACAAAUGAUUCUUUGUGUAUCGAUUCAUCUGAACGUGGAACUCAGGAACUUUUAAAUAGCAUACAUCAUAACAGUCCAAUUAGCAAUAACAAUAAUAGCAAUUGCAUACUAAAUUUAAACAGUAAGGCUACCUCAUUUCCUUCAAGUAUAACAGACCUUUCAUUAUUAUCAUCAUCAUCGUCCCUUUUUCAUUGUGAAAAUUGUCCUAUAUGUGGAGACAAGGUAUCUGGUUAUCACUAUGGCCUUCCUACAUGUGAAUCUUGUAAAGGAUUUUUCAAGCGUACUGUGCAAAACAAGAAAGAAUAUCAUUGUAACGAACAAGGAAAUUGUGUUGUUGAUAGAUUACAUAGGAAAAGAUGUGCUUAUUGCCGAUUUCAGAAGUGCUUAAUUGUUGGUAUGCGGGUAGAAGCUGUUCGUGAAGAUAGAAUGAGAGGUGGACGUAGUCGACGUGGACGUUCAUCCUACUGUGUUGUAACAACACCGAAUUCCAGCAAUAGUAAUAAUAACAAUAAUGAUUCUAAAAUGGAUAAUAUAAAAUGUUUACUUUCAUCUAACUCUGUGAUGUAUUCAAAAUCUGUUGACAGUGAGCUAUACAGUAGUAUUACUCCUCCUCCACUUUCUCAUACUUCUACUAUCCAUGUUAACAAUAUUCAUCCUUCGAACAAUGGCAUUGACACUUCCAAUAAUAUUACAACAUCAGUUCCAUAUGAUAAAGACUACUGUAACAGACGAUCACCAAUAAUUGUCCCAUCAUUAUGCACAGUGAGUAAAACGAUAUGUGAAGCAAACUUGGUCCCAAGUUCUUUAUCCUUAACGAAUUCAGUUCCACAAGUUACAACAACAUGUACUACAACAGUGACAGUAUCACCAAGUCAUUCAUCUUUGUUGUAUGAAUCUAACCUAUUUAACCCAAACUAUUCUCAAAAUAUAUUUAAUCUGAAACCUGUAUCGUCAGUUGAAGAAAUGAGCACUGAGAAUGAUCAUUUAUCAACAUCAUCGUCAUCAUCAUCAUCAAUAUCAAAGCAUUCGAAUUGUCAAAAUGAUUCUAGAACUAAUUCAUACAAUAUUUCAUCGGUUAACUCUUGUUCUUCUUCAAGUCCAAUUUAUCAUCAAACAUCACUUAAGCCUAUUGAUCAUUCAAAUAUCGAUAUUUCCGGCAGUAGUUCUACUGUUAUUUGUAGUUUAACAACAACUCCUGUCAUCAUCACUGAUUCUGUGAAUUCAGUUUCAAUUAAAUCUUCUGUUAAUAAUACUACCAAUUCUAUUAUGAAUAUUACUUCUUCAUCUACCGACAUAUCUACGGAUACAUACACAAGUAUGGUUAAUCUACCUUUCAAUGAUUCUUUGGUUUGUCGAAGUCAUUCUCAUUUACCUACAUGUACCAUGAAUUCUUCAGGCUUCAUUGAUUUAACCCAGAAACUUCCCGGUACUACUACUACUAUUACCGCUGCUACCACCACCACGAAUACUACAACAACAGAAACAUUGAAGUCAAUGAGUUUAUCAUCUUCAUCAGCAUCAUUGUUAUCAUGUUCUACUGGGAUGCGUUCUUCUAAUCCAGAUUUUGUUGAUUUGUCAAAUUCAGAUCCGAAACGUUUACGUUUAUGCUUUACAGACAUAAAUAGUACUAUUUUUGCGACUGCUGCUAAUUCCACCACCACCACCACUACUACUACUAUUACUCCCACUACUGCACAUGUUGACAUCAGUGUAUGUAAUGAAACAAGGGAGCUGAAUAAUUAUCAACAAUUUCCGUCUUAUCUGUUAAAUGAUUCUUAUGAUCAAUGUUCACACUAUCAAGUUAAUAAUAACAGUAAUAAUAGUCGAAUCCAAUCACAUGUUAAAAUCUCUUCUCCAUUAAUAUCGAUUCCAUCAUUAACAAAAGGUGUAUCUUCAACAUCAUCUACAAGUGUUUGGUAUCCAUCAUGCCUUGGAAUUGUAAAUUCUUCUGAACCAUCUUUUGUCCCAACAUCAUCGGAACUACAUGACUCGUCCGUAAUGAAUGAAUGUUCUAGUUAUCUUCAAAUUAUGGACGCAAAUUAUCAUCCAUUAUUAAAAGAUACUCCCCGAUCGACGUCAGUUUAUUUAAAUCCUAAUCUUCCUACUUCGUCCUCAUCAGUUAUGCAUCCUUCAAAUCUUGUACUACAAAAUGUCCAUGAUAGUCCUAGUCAUGGUGAUAGUUCUUGCAAUAGCAACACAUCUAUUGUUUCUACUCCUGUUCCUGCAACUGUAAAUACUACUUCUCCUGUCAUUAACAACAACAGUGAUAGUGCUUCACAAUUGUCGUUACAUACCGAUAAUCCUAGUCAAUCUAUUCCACCGUUUUGUCAUAAUUCUCAACAAAAUUCUAAAUUACAUUUAGUUUAUAAUCAACCACAUUCUAGUUUUGGUAGUCCAGUUGUUUGUAGCUUAUCUGAAUCAUCUAGCUUGAAUUUAUGUGGAAAUAUGCUCAAUACUACUACUAAAUCUACAAGUAACCCUAGUAAUUCAUGUUUACCUUUUAACUUCGAUAAAAACCAUUCAUCUUUUCUCAAUGAUAGUGGUAUUAAUAAUCAUUUGUAUUCACUAACCUCUUCUGUCCAUGAUAGCCAGUAUCAUCAAAACAUACGACAACAAAUAAAAGCUCAACUUAUUGUGCCUCCUUCACUUCUUCCUUCUCUCCCUUCUCUUUCUAACCAUCCUUAUCCCCAAUUGACCAAUGAACAUUUGAUGAAUACUACCACAUCACAUACACAAAUGAUGAUGAAUUCCACCUCAAUCAAUCAAUCAAAUCCCACAGAUUUUAUCGAGACUGAAUCAAUAAAAACAGAGCGUGGUGAAUCAGAAGGUGGAGGAUCAAGUGAAUCUGAAGUAUCUGGUGAUUAUGGCGGUGUCAGAACUAGUGAUAAUUUAAGAAGUGCUAACAAUCACAACAGUAAUAAUAAUACCUAUUCUACUGCUAGCAAUACGAACAAUGGAAGCUUUGAAUUGAUCAAUAAUGAAUUAUUAACAAAUAAAAAAUAUGAUUGUAACAUUGAUGAGAUUCCAGAUGAUGAUUAUCUGACAGGUGAUGAUACUGAUGGGGACGAUUGUACAGAUAGUACUGUUGAUGAUGAAGAAGAUACUGAUUACGAUGAGGUGGACGAGUAUGAUGAUGAUGAUGAUGAUGAUACGGAAAAUGAUAUUGAUGAUCCUGAUAGGGAUUUUGAUGAUGAAGAUAGAGAGGAUGAUGAACUCAGUGGUGGUGGUUGUGGUGUUACUAGUAUAGGAGGAGCAGGUGGAAGAGAUAUCCUUGAGAUAUCUGAAGGUACUGGUCAUUCUAGUUUUACUUGUUCCACGUCAUCUUACCAUAAAUCAGAAUAUGAAAGUGAAUCAAAUCAUACUGGUGCUACUACUUCUCAUCUUAAUACUACUAUUUCUUCUUCUACUACCACUAAUACUACUAAUAAUAAUGCAAAUAAAGUUACUAACUAUGGUAACGAUAAUGAGAUUUUAUUUAAAAAUAAUCCUACUACCCAUGCAAAUGGCUUUAGAUUUGGACAGAUAUUUACAACAUCGGUAGAACAUGAUUACAAAGUUGUGGAAGUUGUUCAAAAAUUUAUCCCUAAAUUAAAACGCAGUCUCUUUGAAUUAUCCCCAUUUUUAAAAUCCGAAAAUCUCGAACUGACGAAUAGCAGUACUACCACAAUACUAUCAUCCUCUUCCUCUACGUCAUUAUCACGAAACGAAAUAAUCAAUGAACGCAUCAAUACGGAGCCUGUGUUAAUGUUUAGAGAAUCGUCUGUAGGAAAUUUUUCAAAUCCCAUCUUGCCAUUGUCACCAUCAUCACUUGUACAUGAAUCACAGCCGCAUAAUAAUGAUAUUGGUUCUCAGGUAAAAUCAGUUAGUCAUUUUGACUCGGCUGAAUCCAGUAUGCCAAUCUUUAAAAAUAAUAAAGCGAAUUGUUUUCCAACACUUGGUACUUCUUCUCCUUCAACUGCUCAAAUAAAUGAAAAUAGUACUACAAUUAUUAAUCCCUAUUUAGACGAUUUAUUGUCUUCCUUAUGUUCAUUAUUAGAAACGUGUUUAUUUUAUUUGGUGGAUUGGAUGGCUCAAAUUGAAUCGUUUAAAGUAUUACCGGUUGAAGAUAAAAUGCAAUUGUUGAAUAGUAGUUGGAGUGAAAUUAUCCUACUAGAGUUUAUUCAUUUUUAUGUAACACAUUUAAAUAAUGCUAAACGACCAAAUACAAUAUUAACUGAUUCUAAAAGACGUAAAAAUGCCAUGGAUCCAUUGAAUGUUUGCUCAUCGUUAUUUCCAAUUAAUACAAAUUCUAUUAAUUGUAAUGAAAAUAACCCAUUAACUGCUACCACUACUACUAAUAUCACAGCGACAGCACCAACAACAUCAUCUUCGUUACUGCCUCAUUCUUCUGUAUCUAUGGAAAUAUGUGAUCUUAUUGAAAAUCUAUUAAAUAAUCUUCUAGGUGGUGUCGAUAACUGUGGUGGUGGUCAAUCAGACUUAAAACAUAAAUUGAAUGAUUUAUUGACAAUAUUUCAAAAACUUCAGUUGGAUAAUAAAGAAUUUACUUGUUUGAAAUUUAUUGUUUUGUUUAAUCCUUUAAAACAUGAUACCUUUCUAACAUCAAACUUAAGUUAUGCCUUGAAAAUUCAGGGAAAAUUUUGUCAUUUCUUAUUGAAACGUUCACGAAGAUUUCUACGUUUAAUAAAUGAAUCCAGUGAAUCUCAAAAACUAGAUCAUGAAUCACCAAAUGAAUUGAAUACUCUUCUUCUACCAGACAGAUAUGGUCAAAUUUUGUUAGAAUUAGCAGAAGUUAAAUUUCUUGCUUUCCAGUUAGAAAGUUUUUUACUAAUGCGAUAUAGACUUGGUAAAAUACCAAAUGAAAGUUUAUUAAGUGAAAUGUUGUUAACAAAACGUAGUCGAGUAUCACUUCCUGUACAACCAUCUUAUUGUAAUCUGAUGACAUCGUCAAUGAAAUCACCACCAUCAAUAACAUCAUCUUAUGUAAUACCAACAUGUCAGUUUGCAUAUACCAAUGUUAACUCAAAAGUCAUUCCCAUACCAUCAUUAUCUACGGAUGCUGAUUAUCGAUCAAAUGAUGAAGUGAUAAAACAUAAUCAAGCUUCUUCAUUAUGUACAAAUAAUCUGAAUAAUGGUACUACAAUGAUGGUAAAUGCUACAGGAAGCUUAUCUACUACACCAUUUACUUCUCCUAUUCCUUCAACUUUCCCACUUACUUCUCUUCAUUCGCCCACUUCUAUUCCUCAAUUCAGCAAUAGAAAUAACAAUUGUAAUAAUAAUGACGCAUCAUUAUUGAAAAACAUUGAUUCACAGUUGUCUUGUACAGCAUUUCUUAAUUCUUAUACUAAUUCUCCGUUAUAUACUCCAACUACUACAAAUCAACUGGUUUAUAAUCAUUGUUUUAUUAACAAUGAUGACCAUGUUAUUACUGCAAAUAGUAUUAACAGAUUUAAUGAACAACUACACGAGUCCUUAUCAACAGUGACAACAAUGCCGGCGACAACAACAACAACACUCGUAAAUCAUGCCUCAAUAUUGUCAUGA